AAGUAUGUGUUGUUUUCUUUGCCGAGUGAAGGGAUGCAGUCUAAAGCCGGGGCCUGCGCUUGAGGCCGUCAGGUUCUAGACUGUUAAUGGGUGUCUGGGCUCUGGACUACAUGUCCCAGAGUGCACCAUACCUGAGGCAACUUCCUGUCCUCUGUACGACUUCUUUGCGGACCGUUGAGAGAUCGCUUGAAGUCACCGUGAAGGGUUCGAUGGUUUUUAGAUUUCAGGAUCCGACAAAGGACUCUGCUUUGCCAAGAAAGAAAUCCAGAAGACCUGUUGACUCUUGGAAUUUUAAAUCAUGGCCCAUCAAGUGAUGACGUUCAGAGAUGUGGCCAUAGAUUUUUCCCAGGAGGAGUGGGAGUACCUGAACCCAGAGCAAAGAAACUUAUAUACAGAUGUGAUGUCUGAGAAUUACAGCAACCUUGUCUCAGUGGGACUUUAUAUUUAUCAACCACAUGUGUUCUCCUUAUUGGAGAAUGGUCAAGACCCCUGGUUAGAUUUGAGUGAUGAGACAAGAAGACUUUACCCAGGGCAGACCAAGAAGUUAUUUCAAAAAAAUAGCGCUUCUGAUACAGAAGUGUGCCAGUGGGAAGUCCUAGAAAUUUGUAGAAACCAUAGCCUGAGAGGUUUAUGUUUUAGAGGUGAUAGUGCAGAAUUAAAUCAGCUUCACAGACAGCCCGAAAAUCAUCAGGAAUAUUUCAAGCCAUCCAUGGUCACCUGUGAAAAGGUGUCAACUUCAAAUCAGAACGAAGCUUAUAACCAGCACCAGCAACUCAAUGCAGAAGAGGGACCGAAUGAAUUUAAAUGUGACAGAGCCUUUAAUUCUGCCUCAGACCACAAUCAACAUCAGACAGUUCACACUGGUAAGAAAACAUACAAAAAUAAAGAAUGUGACACGACAUUGAGUUUCUUUUCAGGUGUUCCUGGUCCCAAGAGAAUUCACAGUGAGGAGAAACAUCAUAAAUGUAAGGAAUGUGGGAAAGCCUUUAGUCUGGACUCCGACCUUACUCAACAUCAGCGGUCUCACACUGGUGAAAAGCCCUAUGAAUGUAAGCAGUGCGGGAAAGCCUAUAGCCGGAAAGCUGACCUUAUUGGCCAUCAGAGAAUUCACACUGGUGAAAAACCUUACCAGUGUAAGGAGUGUGGGAAAGCGUUUACCCGUGGCUCAUACCUGACAGAACAUCAGAGAAUCCACACUGGCGAAAAGCCCUAUGAAUGUACCGAAUGUAGCAGGGCCUUUGUUCAGCGGGCACAUCUUACUAACCACCAGAGAAUUCACACAGGUGAGAAACCUUACGAGUGUAAGGAGUGCGGGAAAGCUUUUACACGUGGUUCACAUCUAAGUGAACAUCAGAAAAUUCAUGAUGGCGAGAAGUUGCAUGAGUGCAAAGAGUGUGGGAAAGCCUGUAUCCAUGGUUCUAGUGUUUCUGACCAUCAGAAUGCCCACGUUGGUCGGAAGCCCUAUGAGUGUGAGAAAUGUGGGAAAGCCUAUAUCUGGAGCUCAAACCUUGCUCGCCAUCAGCGAAGUCAUACAGGAAGAAAACCUUACGAGUGUAAGCACUGUGGGAAGACAUUCAUUUGGGCUUCAUAUCUGGCUCAACAUGAGAAAGUUCAUGAGAAGAAACUCUAUGAGUGUAAGGAGUGUGGCAAGACCUUUCUUCAAGGCUCAGACUUUAAUCGGCAUCAGAAGAUUCAUAAGAGUGAGAGAAUGAAUGCAUGCAAGGAAUGUGGAAAAACCUUUGGUCAUAGGUCCGAGCUAGAUCAACAUGAGAGAAUUCAUACGGGUGAGAAACCUUACAAGUGUAAGGAAUGUGGCAAGGCCUUUGGUAGUUGUGCGAACCUUGCUUACCAUCAGAGAAUUCACACCGGUGAGAGGCCUUACGAAUGUAAGGAAUGUGGGAAAGCCUUUGGUAGCGGCUCAAACCUCACUCACCAUCAGAGAAUUCAUACUGGUGAGAAGCCCUAUGAAUGUAAAGACUGUGGGAAAGCCUUUAGUUUUGGCUCAGGCCUUAUUCGACAUCAGAUCCCUCACAGUGGAGAAAAGACUUACGAGUGUAAGGAAUGUGGCAAGUCCUUUAGUUUCAAAUCAGCUCUUGGCAUCAGAAUUCACACAGGUGAGAAACUUUAUCAGUGUAAGGACUUCGGGAAAGCCUUUGGCAAUGGCUCAAACCUAACUCAACAUCAGAGAGUCCAUACUGGUGAGAAGCCCUAUGAAUGUAAGACCUGUGGAAUGGCAUUUAGUAGUGGAUCAGCCCUUACUUGGCAUCAAAGAAUUCAUACAGGUAAGAAACCUUAUAUAUGCAGCGAAUGUGGAAAGGCCUUUAGUUUUGGAUCAGCCCUUACUCGACAUCAAAGAAUUCACACUGGUGAGAAACCAUUUGUGUGUAAGGAAUGUGAGAAAGCAUUUAGAAGUGGUUCAAAACUUAUCCAGCAUCAAAGAAUGCACACAGGAGAGAAACCUUAUCAGUGUAAGAAAUGUGGAAAGGCCUUUAGUCAGAACUCACAGUUCAUUCAACAUCAAAGACUUCAUAUUGGUGAAAAGGCUUAUGAAUGUAAGGAAUGUGGGAAAUUCUUUAGUUGUGGCUCACAUGUCACUCGCCAUCUGAAAAUUCACAGUGGCGAAAAACCCUUUAAAUGUAAAGAAUGUGGAAAAACCUUCAGUUGUAGCUCAUACCUUUCUCAACACCAGAGAAUUCACACGGGUAAGAAACCCUAUGAAUGUAAGGAAUGUGGGAAAGCCUUUAGUUACUGCUCAAAUCUGAUUGAUCAUCAGCGAAUUCACACUGGUGAAAAGCCCUAUGGGUGUAAAGUUUGUGGGAAAGCCUUCACUAAGAGCUCCCAGCUUUUUCAGCAUGUGCGAAUUCAUACAGGAGAGAAGCCCUAUGAAUGUAAGCAGUGUGGCAAAGCUUUUACUCAGAGCUCAAAGCUUGUUCAACAUCAGAGAAUCCACACUGGGGAGAAGCCCUAUGAGUGCAAGGAGUGUGGGAAAGCCUUCAGCAGUGGCUCUGCGCUGACUAAUCACCAGAGGAUCCACACUGGAGAGAAACCCUACAAUUGUAAAGAAUGUGGGAAAGCCUUUACUCAGAGCUCACAACUUCGUCAGCAUCAAAAAAUUCAUGCUGGCGAAAAGCCCUUUGAAUGUCUUAAAUGUGGGAAAGCCUUUACUCAUAACUCACAACUUUAUCAACAUCAGAGAAUCCACACAGAGGAAAAGCCUUUUGUAUGUCAUGAAUGUGGAAAGGCCUUUAAUAAAUGCUCAAACCUUACUCGCCAUCAGAGAAUUCAUGCUGAUGAGAAGCCUUGUGAGUAUAAGCAAUGAGGAAAAGAAUUUAAUAAUGAUUCUGAUCUCACGGAUCAUAAGGGAACUCAUACUAAUGAGUAACACAAAUUAGAGAUUGUCCUCUUCAACUUUUUUUUUUUUUUUUUUUAAAGCCAAUCGUAAGCCUGGGUACUUUCCCUGAGCAUUCUUGUAGAAGGUUAGUGCUCUACCACUUGAGCCACAGCUCUACUUCCAGCUUUUUGGUAGUUAAGUG